AUGACAGAUUUAUAUUUAGAAGAGCAAAGGCUCAAAGUUGAAGAAUUUACAAAAAUGCUUUCAACUUUAUAUGUAAAUGACCUUAAUCACCAAAGACAGCUCCAAGCUGAGUUCAAUACUCUUUCUGCUCUGCCUGAGAAUAUGGAAGAUAUGAGUAAUAUUUAUAAAAAGGAAUAUCAUCGCAUUCAAUCCUCCAUAUGUUUAGACUUCAUUAAGCAGUGCAAGAUUACUCAAUUAUUAUUGAAUAAAAUAAUUUUUGAAAUCCACAAGCAAAACACUUAUAAUUCUUACAAUUUAAAUUUCAGAUAUCUUUACAAUUUUGACGAAAAUCUAAAUGGAACAGAAAUUUAUAUUUACGAUCUUAAAUCUCAUAAAAGAACCUCAACAUGUGAAUUAAAAUCUUACAAAUCAAAGAGACGUUUAUGUGAUAAAGUAACGAACUAUGCUAAAAUUUCGAACUCGCAUUUGCUUAUUAUGGGAGCUGAUAGAAAUCUACAUAAGGGAAUUUUAAUGGAUCUAAAAACCAAAACAGCAACCGGUGUGUUUAAUUUUAGCACCCAAGAAAGAGUAUUUGAUGUUUUCAAUCAAUUUAUUUAUUAUGACAAUUAUUUAUUUAUAUUUGGGGAUGCAGAAAAAUCAGGCUUGCUGAAAUAUAACAUAAAUCGAAACAAAUGGCACCAAUUAGCAUUCCCAUGCUUGAAGGAAUGAAUUUCUUCUGUUCUUUACCGCAACUAUGUCUUAAUAAGCAGUUCUUAUAACUCAAUCUUUUAUUUAUAUGAUCUUUUAAUUGAAGCCCAUUCAGAAAUUGCAUUUUAUGAGCAUGUAAAAAAUCGUAAAUUUUUAUUUACUGAUCAAGUUAGGGCUUAUUUAUGGGUUCAAAACGGUUCUAUUUAUGAAAGUGAUGAAAAUAACCCAUUUAAAUGAAAUAAAAUAGGGAAUAAUGAUUUUGGAAUUCGUGAUUUGCCUUUGGAUAUAAAUUUGCAUAAUUUUGAUAUAACUUUCAGCAAUUAUGAGGGCGACAUUUAUGCUAGUCUUAUUAUAAGACCGCAGAUGUAUUGCUAUAAGUUUAAUAAAAAAAGAAAAGCAAUGAAAAUAAUUUACCAAGGGGAAGUCAAUAGAUAA